CGGCGAGCCGAAGUGAUGAAGGGGAAGAUAUCCUCUUAGACACACACACGCUCUCUCAUCCAGCUGGGCACGUCUCUGGGAGGUAGCAGCCGGCUGGAGCGCCGGAGACCGGGCGGCGGCCCUGACAGCGCGAGCGGCAGGGAGUCCGCGGUCCGCACAGCUUGGCACUGGCGGCAGGAGGACACAGAGAGGGAAAAUCAGAGCCGCCCUGACUGUUGCUCUUUUGAACGCAUCCCGAGGGACGGGGUUUGCAGACAUUGUCACCGCAGACGACAGAGGCUCUGCCCCUCGCGUGCGGGAUCCGGUUCUGCAUCCCUGUCUGUGCAGGGAGAGGAGGAUGCGAACCUCCUCCCGAACAGCUUCUGCGGUCCCCUUAGCUACGCGAACUCGGACUCUGGCGCCUGCCCCUGACGUGUCUGCGCCGCGGGAGCGCGCCCUGCCGCACCUGGCUCCAGUCUCCCAGGGAAGUGCGCGAAACGCGCUGUAAACUCCACUACUUCUCGCCCCCUCCGCUCCUCGCUCCCCGCCCCGGACCUCGCGGCCACCGCUGUCGCCGCCCCAGAGUGGGAGACCGCCCUCCCCGCUCUCACGCGCGGAUACAGCGCUGCUUGUCUGCUCUCUUUGCCGCUCACUCACAGCGGGCACCUAGUCAGAGCAUCCCAAACUACGGGACAACUAUCACUGGGACCGCGGAAAUGGCUGGGUAACCCAGCGCUACUGGUCUGGGCCACCGCUUCCCAAGCUGCGGUCCGCUCAGAGGCUGUCGCCACUGGGGAUGACGAGAUAACCAAGCUCCACUGGCUUAAGACUGGUGGUUUCUGCUGCUUACUUCAAGAGUCUCAAAGACCAGCUGACACCCACUUUGGCAUAUUCUUGGAAGUCUCUCCUCCAUGAGAAUAGAACUUUCUGGAUGAGCAUGAAGAUGUGAAGCUAACAACAUUAAUGGACUAAUUUGGAAUUGGAAGCAGUGAAGAUGAAUUUGCUGCAUGGGGGACUGGAAAGAGAUGCACAGUAUUCCCACCAUACGGAGCAACUGGUUUAUCCUCAAAAGUGCGGGGAGUUGUGAUGCACACCAAGAUAAUCGGGCCGUGGCAGUCCUGAAGGUUGAUGGAGGGCCAUGCUAUUCAAACAGCAGGUGUGGCUGAGACAGAAGCUCCUGGUGCUGGGAAGCCUUGCCGUUGGGAGUCUGCUGUAUCUAGUUGCCAGAGUUGGGAGCUUGGAUAGGCUCCAGCCCAUUUGCCCUGUUGAAAACCGAUUUGGUGGCGCCCACAGUCAGGCUGAGUUCCCACUCCGGGCCCUGCAGUUUAAGAGAGGUCUUCUGCAUGAGUUCCACAAGGGCAACUCUUCCAAGGAGCAGGUUCGCCUCCAUGACCUGGUCCAGCAGCUCCCCAAAGCCAUCAUCAUUGGGGUCCGGAAAGGGGGCACUAGGGCCCUGCUAGAGAUGUUGAACCUCCAUCCUGCCGUGGUCAAAGCUUCUCAAGAGAUCCACUUCUUUGACAACGAUGAGAACUAUGCCAAGGGCAUUGAGUGGUACAGGAAAAAAAUGCCUUUUUCCUACCCUCAGCAAAUCACAAUUGAAAAGAGCCCUGCCUAUUUCAUCACAGAAGAGGUUCCGGAAAGGAUUUACAAAAUGAACUCAUCCAUCAAGCUGUUGAUCAUUGUCAGGGAGCCGACCACACGAGCGAUUUCUGAUUACACUCAGGUGCUAGAAGGGAAGGAGAGGAAGAACAAAACCUACUAUAAGUUCGAGAAGCUAGCCAUAGACCCUAAUACCUGCGAGGUGAACACGAAAUACAAGGCGGUUAGGACCAGCAUCUACACGAAACAUCUGGAGCGCUGGCUGAAGUACUUUCCGAUUGAACAGUUCCACGUCGUGGAUGGAGACCGUCUCAUCACCGAGCCUCUGCCGGAACUGCAGCUCGUGGAGAAGUUCUUGAACCUUCCUCCUAGGAUAAGUCAGUACAAUUUGUAUUUCAACGCUACCAGAGGGUUUUACUGUUUGCGAUUUAACAUUAUCUUUAAUAAGUGCCUGGCGGGCAGCAAGGGGCGCAUCCAUCCAGAGGUAGACCCCUCCGUUGUUACCAAAUUGCGCAAGUUCUUUCAUCCCUUUAAUCAAAAAUUUUACCAGAUCACCGGGAGGACAUUGAACUGGCCCUAAAACAAUCCAUCACACAACCCCGUGUAUUGUCCCUGGAGAUAUGUGGCGUCUCCUUUAGAUUAAAAUACGCACUUUCCCAGACUCAGCUACUUAGUUCAUUUCUCCAUGAAUACUUGUACAUAUGCGGUGUGUGACCAAACGCAAGAUCAAUUCUUUUUCUACUGAAAAUUCACAAAAGUGUGAACACUAAACUGCUGCCUGCAGAGCUGCACCCUUGAAGCUAUUUACAAAAGAAGAGUGGAGGUGGUGGGACUGGGAGAAAGUGACUUCAGAUGAUCUCAAGUUAGUCUUCCUUGGAUUCAGAACUUGUCACCCGCCAUUUUCAUAGAUUUAAGCCAAAAGAUGAAUGUGUGAAAAUGUACCAAUGGCUACGAAGCGUCAGGAAGAAGAGGAUUCAGUUUUCUGGGUUUUCCGGUUUUGUUUUCUUGGUUUUUGUUUCUUGUUUUGUUGUCCUAAAGUGAAGCUGGCUCUUUAAUACAGAUACCGGAUUGGUGCCAUGAAAACAGAAUAUGCUAUUUUUUUUGUUGUUAUUUAAAAGAAUGUCUUAUCUCAUAAAAUUGACGUUGUUCCAAAGUUCAUGUGGUGAUUUUGCACUAUUGUUUCCUUGUAUGGACCAUGGUGUCAUUUGUAGCAUGUCAAUCACGUGCUGGAGAGUCAAGUCCUUUUACUUCCGUGUGUAUGUCAACACAGAGAAAUGUCCUGUACAUAUUGUAAAUGCUGUAAAUAUCAGUUUCGCACUAAGUAAUUCUAUUUUGUAAACUGAAUAUGGCUAUUUAAUUUAUUGUGAAAAUUAAAUUUAUUGUGGUAUUUAAAAAUGGAAUGGAUUAAAAUUAC